AUGAUUCAGAGAGAGGCUCAGCAUGAACAAUCGCAGUACGGCCAGGAAAGUGGGAGGUUAAUGACCAGUUGUGGUGGCAUAAUUGCGGAUGUCAUGGGGCUAGGCAAGACCCUUACUGUUCUCGCUUCCAUUCUCUACUCUGCUUCCGAUGCUGAAGCAUUCCAAAGAUCGACUCUUACUACUAGCGACACCCAAGAAUUUCAGUUGUAUACGAAGGCUACAUUGGUCGUUGUAUCGUCAACGCAGUUACUGGACAGCUGGUGUUCUGAAGUCAAAAGACACUUUGACCCGGGAGUCUUGAACAUUAGCAUGUUUCAUGGCCUAAGUCGUCAGCAAGACCUUCGCGCCUUGGCAGGGUCGGACAUUGUGCUGACAACGUAUGCUACAAUCGUUGCCGAAGAAAAGGGCAAGAAUACUUUACAGCAACUCUGCUGGUUCCGCAUCGUUCUUGAUGAAGCUCAUUGGAUCCGAAAUGCGAGAUCUAAAACCUUUAGAGCUGUCACUGGUCUAUUGGCUCGCAACCGUUGGUGUCUUACCGGAACACCAGUUCAGAAUAAGCUCGAAGACAUCGCUUCAUUAGCAGCGUUCCUGCAGCUGCAGCCAUUCCCCACGAAGGGAGAAUUCCAAAGACGCGUUUUGGAUCCUCUUUUUCAGGGCGGCAAUAACUUCUCAAAGCCACUACGAACAUGGCUUCGGGCAGUAUGCAUUAGGAGAACUGAGAAGCUUCUUCAGCUGCCAGAGUCAAAGGAAGAGACAAUUUCGGUCAUCCUGUCCCCGCCAGAGCGCCAGCUUUAUGAUAGAGUUCUCUAUGAGAUUAAGCAUGACAUCGAUGAUAACGUCAGCAAGGGCAAGAACAUCAAAAAUUACAACAUACUACUGAACCUAACUGUGGCCAACCGAGUGCACAUAGUCGAGCCCCAGUGGAAUCCUUCCGUGGAAGAGCAGGCCGUCGCGCGAGCUUUGAGAAUGGGCCAGGAAAGGGAAGUCACCGUCUUCCGUUAUGUUGCCCAGGGGACUGUCGAGCAGAACAUAAUGCAUCUGCAGAAGAAGAAGAAAAUUGUUGCUAAGUUCAUGUUCAAUGUCGGUGUAGCAGAGGAGCUCAAUGGGAGGCUUGAGGACCUGAAGUUUGUCUUGAGUCUCAAUUCGAAGCCAAAAUCCUAG